GCGCUUUUGAUAAUGCUCGGUCGGAUGCGUUGGAGGGCUGGAAAGGCAUUGGUUUCACCAGCGCAAGUCGUCUUGCCGAGCAUCCAGCGCCGUUCUAUAACCACGAUGGGUGAUCUCAACAAUGACUCUGUUCUGCGCACCGUGAUCCAUCUCGAACCGGAUCCUAGCUACCAGUUCCGAUCCUUGGCCAUUCGGGAAGUGGACGACGAUCCUAUUGUCCGCAAGACGUACCGACCGUUUCUUCUCCCGGAUGAAGUGGCCGACAACGACUGGAUAGCGAAGCUGGAGCUCAGCACCGUGCUGCGUAUGGCUGAACAGCAUCUCGAAGAAGCAGGCAACGACAGGCUCAAGGUGCUUGUCCUUUACGGAAGUCUUAGGAGGCGUUCAUAUUCUCGACUGCUCGCGUACGAAGCAUGCCGCAUCCUAUUUCGCCUUGGGUGUGACGUUAGAGUGUUCGAUCCAGAAGGCCUGCCCGUCAAGGAUGACGUCCAGCACGACCACUACAAAGUGCAAGAGCUGCGGGGUCUCAGCAAAUGGAGCGACGGGCACGUGUGGGUGUGUCCAGAGCAGCACGGAAACCUGACUGCCGUGUUCAAAAACCAGAUCGACUGGAUCCCGCUCGCAACGGGCUCUGUGCGUCCUACGCAAGGCCGCACCCUCGCGAUAGCUCAAGUGUCCGGCGGAUCGCAAUCUUUCAACACGGUCAACAGCCUGCGCGUCUUAGGCCGCUGGAUGCGCAUGUUCACGAUUCCCAAUCAAAGUUCCAUACCGAAAGCGUAUACCCAGUUCACCGGGGAGCAUGACGAGGAAGGGGGUAGCAGGCUCAUGCCGAGCGACAACCGGAACCGCCUGGUCGACUGCAUGGAGGAGUUUGUGAAAUACAGCAUCGUCAUGAAGCCGCACUUUCAUCUGUUCGCAGAUAGAUUCAGCGAGCGCGCCGAGAGAGCCGCAAAGAGGAUCCGAGAAGAGGCCCAACCGUUGGCCGCCGCCACGUGAGGUCUCCUGCUUGUUGCACGAAACUAGAAUAGGCAUAACUUAGAGCUGCAGACGAUCAGAAAAGGGUGGGUAGGUCUAGAGCGUGCCAAAAACCUUUUGAGCAAGCGCGCAAAACUAGCUCGGAUAGAAUAGAGAGAGAGCAUUGUACCCUGGCGUUUGCACGCGUAUUAAGGCAAGUUUCAAUCCCC